AUGUUGUUGGGCAGUAGAGCUAAAGCUAAGACCACUUGUGGACUGUUACAGUGUAACGACAGUGGUCGUCGUAAAUGUGUACAGAAGGACAAUAUCCAGUUACGGCGAAUCACGAUGCAAAAGUUGCCAUCGACAUUCGUGUUGGAUGUCCACGAUUACAUUGAGUUUGCACCAACUGUCAAAGCUGAUAUGGUCUUCCUCAUCCUGCCAGGAACAAUUCCUUGCUUAGAAGCAAUCCGAGGUAGUAUUCCGAGAAAAUAUAGUAGUCUUCAAAAUUGGAGAAUCAAAACGGAGGAGCGUAUGCCUGCCGAAGUGGAGGAGGACCCCGUACUCCAUAAAUACUGGCGCAAGAGGCACAUCCUCUUCCACAGAUUCGACGAAGGCAUCAAGUUGGACCGCGAGAGCUGGUUCAGCGUGACCCCGGAGAACGUGGCGAGCCACAUAGCGAACAAGUUCCGCUAUGAUGUUGUCUUGGACGCGUUCUGCGGUGCCGGCGGCAACACUAUACAGUUCGCACGAACGUCCAACAAAGUAAUCGCGGUCGACAUCGACCCAAUGAAAAUUGAAAUGGCCAAACAGAACGCCAAAAUUUAUGGAGUUCUGGAUAAAAUCCAGUUCAUUGUCGGCGACUUCUUCGAGUUAGCAUCCCAACUGAAGGCCGACAUGGUCUUCCUCAGUCCGCCGUGGGGAGGUCCAUCGUAUUCCAAACAUAAAGAAUUCGACAUCGAGAAAAUGCUCGAGCCAAGGCCAGCCUCGGAGCUGAUGAGAGUGGCCCGUACGGUUUCACCCAAUGUGGAACUUUACAUUCCUAGGAACUCUCGGCACGACCAGAUUCUUUCUCUGGCUAACGAUGGCGGAACGGUGGAGAUCGAGGAGAACUUCCUGGGCAGAGGGCUAGUAGCCAUAACGGCAUACUACUCUUACAAUCGAUCAUGA